AUGACUUAUCCCCUAGGCUCCAUACGGUUGCAGCGAGCGCAAAGAAUCCACAAGUCUCCUCUUCAUUCGGCUGAAAAAUGGACAGAUUUUUUACGAGAGCCAAAUGAAGACGAUAGUGAUGUUGAUUUGAGUGGGGAAAGCGAAGUAUUUGACUCUGAUCGUGAUCCGGAAUAUCAUCCAAGUGUGGACAGUGAUUAUAGUGACACUCGAAAACCACGAUUCAGUGGACUAUUUGAAAAACGAUUUGAAAGACAAGGUGAUCAAGACAAUGUAGCAGGACCUUCAAUUACAGCCAGAGAUGACGUGACUAGUGAAGAUAGUGAAUAUGAAAAAGAAAGAAAGCUGAAAGUUACUGAGAACGAAACUGAACAAGACAAAGAUGAAAUAGACAAAACGGGUGACACUAGCGAGGAAGAAAAUAAAGAGGAAGAGAAUUAUUGUGAAAAAGAUGAAGAUAAUAAUGGCGAUGAUGAUUUUGAUGAAGAUGACGAAGAAGAAAAUUAUCAAGAGUCUCAAACAGAAGGAAAGGGAAAAAAUAAAGAGAAGAAAAGGAAGAGGUCUGCAAGGGAGCAUGAAUAUAAAUUGACAGUUUUUGGAACAGAAACAAGUUUUACACG